AUGAAACUGCUCUGGUCUUUUUUCGUUGCCAUUGCAGCUAUUCUCUUUACGAUAUCCAAGCUUGAUCUCAAGAUCGCGAUUGAUAUCGAUUACUUGAAAGGCGUUGUGGAGAGUUUACAGAGCUACACUACUGCGUCCACGUCUACGACUACAGCCUCAACUUCGCCAGUCAUAUCAGAGCCCUCGACACACUUCUACAACCCCGAACAACAAACCGAGCUCAAACUCACCAACAUGUCCGUCGCUCGCAAGAUCCGCACAGUCUUCCUUGCCAUCGAGCAAGCCGAGGGCGCUGGUGCCCGCGUCAGACGCUCCAUCGGAACCCCGAAACUGCGCAACUUCUCUCCCUUCCUAAUGCUCGACCACUUCACAAUCGGCAAGGGCGCCGGCUUCCCAGACCACCCGCACCGCGGCCAAGAGACCAUCACAUACCUUCUCUCCGGCGGCGUCGACCACGAGGAUUUCGCAGGAAACAAGGGAACAAUCGGACCAGGCGAUUUGCAAUUCAUGACAGCAGGAAAGGGCAUCAUGCACGCCGAGAUGCCUCACGAGAACCCCGAUGGAAGCCCCAACGUCGGAAUGCAACUGUGGGUGGAUCUACCCAAGAAGCUGAAAAUGUGUGAGCCGCGCUACCGCGAUCUGCGCGCGAGCGAGAUCCCCGUCGCGGAAGUGGACGGCGGCCGCGUCAGUGUCAAGGUCAUCUCGGGUCAAUCGCACGGCGUCGACUCUGUGCGCGACCUUGCUUAUACGCCUGUUUGGCUGCUUGAUGUGACCGUGAAGCCCGGUGGCCGGAUCUCGCAGGUCUUGCCUGUGGGAUGGAAUGCGUUUGCGUACACGCUUUCGGGAACGACGAUCUUUGGAUCGCAUGACUCGACUCAGACCGUCAAGCAGUACCAUAAUGUUGUCUUUGAUCAGCCGGGCGAUUAUGUCGAGGCGUCCGUGCCGGAUAACGCGGAGGAGGAAGGAAGAUUCAUUAUUGUUGCGGGGCAGCCGCUAGACCAGAAGGUUGUGCAGUAUGGACCGUUUGUGUUGACGAGCCAGGAGGAGGUCUAUCAGGCAAUGCUUGAUUACCAGACCGCCUCGAAUGGGUUCGAAAGAGUGAGAGGAUGGGAGAGUGAGAUUGGGAAGCGGAUGGCUUACUAA